GAAAUUGUAACAAUCAGUCCAUCUAUUGGUCUCAUCUGUAAAAAUUCAGACCAGAUAGAUAACAAAUGUGAAGAUUACAAAAUCAGAUUUUGUUGUCCGAAAGAACCAAAUUGUAAUGGAAAUUGGACCGAAUUCUUUGAUCGAGAUGAUCCAUCUGGUAACUACGACUCUGAGGAUUUGACCAACAUUCAAAUUGAAUAUCCCGGGAAAGUUUGUGAGAAUCCUAUUGGUGUUGAUGCUAGGCUGUUGAAUAAUUUAAACUAUAUCACUAGUGGUGAAAUUGUAACAAUCAGUCCAUCUAUUGGUCUCAUCUGUAAGAAUUCAGACCAAAUAGAUAACAAAUGUGAAGAUUACAAAAUCAGAUUUUGUUGCCCAAAAUAA